CCACACCCCGCACCCCACUCUGCGGGCUUCAACCCCCCCCGACGCGCAAAGCGAUGGAGCCGGGGGCGCCGAAGUGCUGGGCCCUCUGCCGGCUGCGCGGGCUGCAGCAGCAGCGGCACCUCAACGGCGCCCGCGGGCAGCUGCUGCGCCCCACCGAGGGCGGCCGUUGGCUGGUUCGCACUGGUGCUGACGUCCACGCCGUGCGGGCGGAGAACUUCUCCGUGGCGGCGGAGGAGGUGCCGGAGCCGCUGCGCCGCAUCUGGGCCUCGGCUGUGGCCAGCUGCGGCUUCCUGCUGCUGGAGCUCGCCAGGUCAGGCGGAACUCGCCAACUCACCGCCUGCCUGGUGCCGCUCAACUUGCCGUUCUGGGCACUGCUGACCUUGGCCUGCAGCUUGUACCUCCAGGCGCCGCUGCAGGGCCCGGUGGCGCCUCCGGCGCUCGGCUGCUGGCGCCAGGGCUGCGGAGUGCAAAGUCUGCUGCUGGUGGUGCUGCUGCGGCUCCAUCAGAACCUGGUCUUAGAGCCUUUCGUGGGUGGACCGGCGGUGGCCAAGAUCGGGGCGGCGGGAUAUUUAGCCUCCUUUGGCCUCGGCUUGCAGAGUUUGGGCCCCGAAGCCAGCGCCGCGCACGUCUUGGGGAACAUCUGGUUCCUGCUGGGCGCCUAUUGCCACGCCUGGAUCUUUGAGGCACACUUCUCUGGCCAUCUCUGCCAGUGCUUGCUGGCACAGAGCUGGUUCUUCCGGCAGGGGCUGAUGCAUCGCCAGCUGUUGUUUUCUGGGGCGCCCUAUGCGGGCUGCUUCUUCAUACUGUUCGUAGUGCGCCGGGAGCGGAAUCUCCGUGUCCGCAUGGAAGCGGCCAAGAUGGACGUGGAGUAUUCCCUCGAGGUGUUUCUCGUGGAGCCCUUGCGCUUCUGCCAGCGCCUGGCGCUGGUCUACAUCAUGGUCUACUUCGCCACCUACGCCAUGGACCUCUGGAUCGCCUUCGAGUAUUGAGCGGG